AUCCGACAAACGAAUCAUGCUUUGACUAAGGACGAGAGUUACCUCCCUUCACUACAUAGGUGGCAGUGCAGUCUGGCCUGUUUUGACGAUGGCGACGAAUUCACCACCUGAAAGUCCGACAGAAGACAAACCAGCUAGUAAAAAGCCUAAAGAUACAAAGUUCAAGCAGCAGAAACUUCCAGCAUGGCAGCCGAUCCUGACAGCGAACACGGUUCUCCCCGCAUUCUUCGCCAUCGGCAUUGCCUUCAUCCCUCUCGGCGUAGCCCUGCUAGUCACGUCAGAUAACAUUAAGGAAUAUGUGUUGGACUACACACACUGUAACAACUCAAAUAUGCCCAACCAGACUUGCUCCGACUUCCUCAGUGACCCCAACACCACCACCUACCACAUGACCUGCACCUGCAAGGCAACAGUGACACUUGACAAGUUCGAGGGCAGUGUGUACAUGUACUACGGCCUGACCAACUUCUACCAGAAUCACCGUCGUUAUGUCAGAUCACGUGAUGACAACCAGCUCAAUGGACAGACAAUCGCCCCUGGCAGCCUGAACCAAGACUGCGAUCCAUACAGGCUUUUCAACAGCACAGGUAUCGCUCCUUGCGGUGCCAUUGCAAACAGCCUCUUCAAUGACUCGUUCACACUAACCUACAAAGCGAACAGCACAACAACUGCGAAUGUCACCCUGUUGAGAACCGGAAUCGCAUGGGUGUCUGACAAGAAUGUCAAGUUCAACAACCCCUCUUCCUGGGCCGGGUUAAGCAAGCCUCCGAACUGGCCCAAACCUGUGUGGGAGCUUGACACUGAACCGAGCAACAACGACAACGGGUAUGAAAACGAAGACCUGAUUGUGUGGAUGAGAACAGCCGCCCUCCCCACGUUCCGCAAACUGUAUCGGCGUGUUGAGCACAAGGGCACAUUCAGCGACGGUCUUCCCGCUGGCGACUAUGAGAUUUCCAUCACAUAUGCAUACCCUGUAGAUGCCUUUGGUGGAAGGAAGAGCAUCAUCCUGACCACCACAUCCUGGCUGGGUGGCAAGAACCCCUUCCUGGGCAUCGCCUACCUGGUCGUGGGCAGCUUGUGCAUCAUCCUGGGCAUUGUAUUCCUCAUCAUACACCUCAAGUUUGGCAAGAAUUGGCGUGUGAAUGUAUUGAUGAUGCACCCAGCCUGGGACAAACAGCGCCGAUUCGAUGCCUGGUAGUCACUUAGUGGCAUGGUGAAAAAGUCAAGAUAUUUCGUUUGCAAUAGACAUAGUGACAUGACCAAUGUGACCAACCGUGACGCCUACUAGAACAGGAACAAGAACACCUGGAACCCGGAGGUCAUGACCUCAACAUUUUCACCUCUAUAACAAGAUCUCCAAUCACAGUCUUUUAGCAAACCAACUUUUGUAAGAAAGAGCCUUCUGAACAGAUUGCCUUCUCUAAAAUUAUCUAUAAUCUGUUUAGGGGCCCUUUGUUUAUAUAUUAUAUGGUUUUAUGCAUUUUUCCAAAACUACAACAUGUAUAAGGUUGGUGGUAAAAAUAACACAUUUAAGAAGCAUGUUUAUUUAAUUUUUUGAGUGACAUGUUUAAUGAAUCAGGGGCUGUAUGAAAUAAACAAAUAUAUAAAAUGUAAUGAAAGAUACAUGUCACUUCCCUAUCCAGUUUGAUUACGGAAAUUGGUUAAAAGACUUGACUUGAAUACAAGAGACUUUUCAUUAUUUUUUCAUUUCUGCUUGGUUGCUCGAAAGACCAAGUUACAUGAGUUCUUACAACUGAAUCUUCAGAGUAUUUCCAAGAUGGACCAUAUACUGAAGGAAAUACUAGUAUAUAAGGGAACAGCUAUGAAUGGAAGCAUGAUUUGUGUGAUGUUUGGUAUGUAGCCAAACAUUGAGAUGGUUUGGAAAUAUACCAAAUACUGACUUCAGUUUUUGAUUUCAAGCAUUUUCUUGAACACAGUGUGCAGUGUUCUGCUUUACUGUAGGUGUUCCUGUAUUUCUUUCCAUCAGUAUAUUUGGUGUUUUUAGUUCCCAUGUUGCCUUGCUGGCUUUAUUUACUACAUCACCAGAAAUUCUGGAAUGUUGUCAUUCCUCUGCUGUUUACUGGGUUAAAACAGGGAUCAUAGUUUCGUAUUGUCGCAAACUUCUGCAUUGUGUCCUUGACAUAAUGAUGAAACAUCUCAUUUAUAAAAUUAUCUUUGAUAUUUAGUGUGCAUACAUAAAAUAAAAUAUUUCCUCGAGGAAAUAUUUUUUCUUAACAAUUGAUACUUUUCACGUUUCUAAAAUUAUUUUCUAAAACAGUUUCAUAUAGCUUCUUGUGACGUUCUGUCAACUGAAUAUCUGAAUUUGUUGAGCAUGUUUUCUGCAAUAUUUAUAAGAGUUCCCAAUUGCUAAGCAUUCUACAAGUUAUUGAAAAAUUAUACUUUGUAAGAAGCACUUUUAACAAUAAUUACUAAUAUCAAGUAUGACACAUUUUCAUCUCAUAACUGAAGCACAUUUACAAAUUACUCAUUCCCUAAUCGGCUACUGCUGAAUUUAUGCUGACUUUUGUAUCUGUGUGUAUACUUCGAAUAGUUGUUUAAAAUGCUGUUGUUUUUUUUAGUUUCACCUAAACACUUUAAAAAUGAAGGAUAAGCUUAAUCAUGUCAGUCAGCAUAUGAAAUUGGUUGUAAACUAAUACCAAGCAUUGACAUGGUGUUUCUUAUCAUGAUUGUUGUUUAUUCUUAUUGCUUAGUGUGUCACAAGCAUUGUGUUGACCUAUUGGCUUUAUCGGGAUGUGUCUGUCUGUGAUCAGAAGUGAUGUUCAUUCUUUAAUAUGAAACUUUCUUUCCAAUGUCUGAUGGGAUGCCUCUGUAGGAUACCAGGUUAGGAUGGUGGCCGAGUAAACUGCCGGGCAAAAGAAAGUAUACACCCAAGUUUUAUGUGGCUAAGAAUGAACAAACGAGAAAUGGUUAUUCUUUUGUGAUGUACUCGGACCUGUUUUGGAUCUUACAUUUGCAGUGUUCUGGCGACUGUUUUCAGCCAAAUAAUAUUUGUAAUGCUUUGGUCAAAUCCUGUUUAGAAGUGUAUACUUUCUUUGCCCCAGCAGUUUAUCUGAUGCUAGGCGUAACGGGACUAAUGAGGAUGUGGUAUUGUCGCAUUUUGAUGGCUUAGAUAUUUGCAUCUUUCCAAGGCAAGGGAGUUAACUGACUAUAAAACUAGGCUGGAAAUGAAGUUGACAUCCGGUUUGUAAACUACUGUGCAGAUUUCAGUAGAUUGCAGGAUUUGCAAGCAUGUGUACCGCCAACUUUGUGACAACAGAAAUUUUCUAAAUCUUUUAAUGCUUUUAAUCAAGGUGCUUACAUGAUUUGAUGCACUUAAGACCCAUUUUAUUUCAAUAUAGAUCUUGAUUAUCGAUGAGAUUGUCUUCACUGGAGCAAAUGCAACUGAUAUUGGUCAAUAGGAGGGAUAUAAAUUGUAACAGACACUUGUCCAGUCUAGUGCAGCAAGGGUGGAAACAGGACUUUUACAGUCAGUUCAUUCCCUUGCCUCGGGAAGAUGGGAUAUUUGUGUGUGUGCUAUGAUCUUGCACAGACUCAAUUGUUUAUAGGUCUUUGUGAUCAUGGUUAUAAAGUUGGAUUUUUUUCUGACUGGCAAGAGAAAAGGUUGGCAGGGGAGUUGUGUUUCUAAAUAACGUCAGGAUCUGCUGAUUCAGCCUGGUUAUGAUCCUUGGUAUGUCAGCAUCUCUUGGGCUUCACCAAAGUGGUAAGUGAGAGUGACCUGCAUCAUUUCCUGCUGUACUCCAUCCUCAUCCUGAAAUACAGUCAACAUGGCUUAAAACAUGAAUGAAGUUAUUGAACUGCUCUGGUUUUACAUUCCAUGACCAAUCAUAGGACAUUACAGUUCAAUUCUGUGGAGUGGCUGAUAUUGACUUCUCUUAAUGUGGCUGCAUCUAGCACUAAUGCUCAUUGGACGUAGUGAUCUCAUCCAGCAAGUGGUCCAAAAUUGUAAAGUUAAAAAAAAUGUCGGUGAAGUUGUAGACUUGUAGCAUUGAUAAAUAUUUUUCUGAUCUAUUACUGAAACAAUUGUUUCACAUUGAAUGUAAUGUGAAUAUUCCACCAGUUGUUGACAAGAGAUACUUCAUCCCACAGUUUGGAGAAAGUAUGCUAGUUUUAAGCUGACUCAUUAUAUUACAAUUUUGGUUUGAUUGAAAUCUCUUUAUGGUAAUCUGUAUGGUACUCUACAUCAGGUAUGUGAGAAUAGUGUGUGUGAUGUGUAUGUUGCCAUGGUUAUUGGUGUAACAAAUAUGGAAACAUACUGUAUAUGAUGAUGUAAGUUCUAUAUACUGUGUAAGAUAUCCCGUGGUUGUACAUCUUGCUAGUCUGUUUUUCAAAUUGCACAUGUCGGUAAAAUUGUAUAUUUCUUUUAUUGUUGACCAGAUUGCUACUGCUGUAAACAGUUGUACACUCUGUACAUAUCCUCUGUGUUUGUCCAUAUCCUCAGUCCAGUGUCCUUGACCGUUGUGAUCAAUAUCAGACCGUGAAAAGCUUUUUAAAUGUUUCUCAUCACCAUGCAGGUCAUGUUAAACUUGCUCUGUCACAAUUUGUCAAGGCAAUCAAUUUCUAUUUUUAUCCAUUAAAAAUUUUGUUUUAUAUUAGCAUGUUUUCCCUAUCGAUGUAAACAUUGUUUGGAUUUUAACAUUACUUUUCCUUUCCAUGGUUUCUGCCUAUUGACCUUAUUGGUAUAAAGCCAUGUGACCUGACAAUUAAUAAUAUGAAACUAAACAAAGGUUAUAAAAAGCAGACAUUAUUAUUGAGUACAGGAUGUAGCAUAUUUAGAGAAAGAUUAUUCUCCUUAUUUUCACCAUAUGAAAGCAGGAAUAUAAAAGCAGUGCUUGUUUCCCCAUUCUGUGUGAGCUGUUCAGCUCUGUAGGCAAUGCCAGGUGACAAUGUAUCCUUCAGGGCAAUGUAACCUUGACACUCUCCUUUCUCUCACAAUUACUCUUGCUCCAUAAGAAACAUUGUUGUACAUAGCAAUCUUUGUCACUGUGAUUUUAAUUUAUGUCAAUGUAUACAUUUGAUUUAGUAAUUAUCAAUUGUUAUGUUUUCAAUAAAUCUAUUCUGUGAA